UUUCAGUCUGGGUCAAUCGUUCGAGUUGCGCCACUGAAAGUUCCAUGGCCCGCGGCGACCAUGACUCGCAGCCUCUGCGCUGCCGCUGCCACUUAGUGAGGACGUCCUGUCCAGGUUCAGUACAGCAGGAGGACGACAGAGGACACACGCGAGGAGUCAUAAUGGGAAGAAUACAUGCCAGAGGGCGAAGGGCAGAGCGAGGAGCGAGCAGGCCAGAGAGCACGAAGCGCGACGCAACAACAAAAAACAAGAGCAAGGCAUGAACGUCAGCCCCGGCGAAUGGAAAACAGCGGAGCUCGCUGGUACUAUGAGAGGGGCCCCGGCGAGGCAUGGCCCAGGGGGUCGCCGCGGGGCCGCGGGAGCCGCGGCCUCAGCGCCCGCGCGGCAGGUGCCGAGGGGCCGAAGCUCCCAGGCGACGCGCCCGCGAGAGGCCGCGGAGCACGAGAAGGGCCCAGGCACUCCACCGCGCACUGGCAGGCGCAGCGGAAGAGACGAAGGAGAGAGAGCUGUGCAAACACACGCCCGUCGCGCUGCCCCAACGGGCGCUGAGCAAGGAGCGACGGGACUUUGCUGCGGCAGUGCCUCGCCGGCGGAGCGGCGAUGGGUCCCCGGUGGCGAGCCUGCACGCAGCCGCGGAGGGGUGAGCCAGUAGGCCCCCGCCGGCGAUCCAUGGGCGAGGCGGGCUCGACGCGUCCCUUCCUGAGCCCACCUCCCCACCUCGCGUGGGGAUGCCCAGCAGGGAGCCGAUGCCGCUAUUCCCCGGACAUCUCCCAGGGCGCUCUGACCAGAGUGUCGAAGCGAAUCCCACGGCGGCGACGGGGGCCUCCCGGGAGGCCCACGGAGGGGUAGAACGAGGCAGCUUUAGCGAUAUCGGCACGCUUCGUCAGCCUAACACACGGCCCCGAACGUGCAGAACACUCGGGCGCAGUCCGGGCCGCUCACUGGAUUCGUCUGCGGGCGAGCGGUACGAAGAGCGCGUCCCCGCAGAGAAGCCACAGCGCGGAGGAGGAGCGGCUCGGGCUCGGACCUAGGCCUCCUGCUUGCACAUGGGCGAUGCGGGGCCUUCUGAAACCAGGGCCCGAUGCACUCCUCGUGGAAAAAGUGGCCGCACACCAGCCUCACGCAGCCGGAUCUCCCUCCUUGUACUCCUCCAGGCACAGGGCGCACUCCAUCUCGCCGCCGCCCUCCGCGCGCAGAGAGCGCCCACCGCACCGGCACCGCCCCCGCCCAGGGGGCCGCCCCUGGGGCCCGGGCAUGGUGCACGCGCGAGGAGGCAGCUCCUGGGAGGCCUUCGCGAGAAAGAUUGGAAGGAUCGCGCUACAGUCGG